AUGGCCGCCUCUUUCGCUCGCCUGGCGGGCAAUGCGCCCAAAAGACUCUGUCUCCGCCCCUCCACUUCCUUUAACACAUCUGUGCCUCGAUCCCGCUCGAUAACCACUACCGUCUCUCGCCAAUAUGCCGAAGCUUCCAGCUACCAGGCCACACGGCUGAUUCCGACUGACCCGACCUUCACUUCCCUGGCCAACAAGGGGCUUGCCGAGAACCCCGACGCUGCUGGUCUUGAGUCCGAUGCGGAGGGUAUCAACCGCAAGAUCCGUCACUACACAGUCAACUUCGGUCCCCAGCACCCCGCUGCUCACGGUGUGUUGCGAUUGAUUCUGGAACUCAAUGGCGAGGAGAUUGUCCGCGCCGAUCCCCACGUCGGUCUGCUGCACCGUGGUACCGAGAAAUUGAUCGAGUACAAGACUUACAUGCAGGCCCUGCCUUACUUCGACCGAUUGGAUUACGUCUCCAUGAUGACCAACGAGCAGUGCUUUGCUCUCGCUGUCGAGAAGCUGUUGAACGUUGAGAUUCCGGACCGUGCCAAGUGGAUUCGCACUCUGUUCGGCGAGAUGACUCGUAUCCUGAACCACCUCAUGUCCGUCCUUUCCCACGCCAUGGACGUUGGUGCUUUGACACCUUUCCUGUGGGGUUUCGAGGAGCGUGAGAAGCUCAUGGAAUUCUACGAGCGUGUUUCCGGUGCCCGUCUUCACGCCGCCUAUGUCCGCCCCGGUGGUGUGUCGCAGGAUCUGCCUCUCGGCCUUCUUGAUGACAUUUACCAGUGGGCUACCCAGUUCGGUGACCGUAUCGACGAGACUGAGGAGCUGCUUACCGACAACCGUAUCUGGAAGGCUCGUACUCAGGGUGUCGGUGUUGUUAACGCUGCCGAUGCGCUGAACAUGAGUUUCACUGGUGUGAUGCUUCGUGGUUCCGGUGUCCCAUGGGACAUCCGUAAGUCGCAGCCCUAUGACGCCUAUGACCAGGUCGAGUUCGACGUCCCUGUCGGUGUCAACGGUGACUGCUACGACCGUUACUUGUGCCGUAUGGAGGAGUUCCGCCAGUCUCUCCGCAUCAUUCACCAGUGCCUUAACAAGAUGCCCGCUGGUCCUGUCCGGGUUGAGGACUACAAGAUUUCUCCCCCUCCCCGUGCCGCCAUGAAGGAGAACAUGGAGGCUCUGAUCCACCACUUCCUCCUCUUCACCAAGGGUUACUCUGUGCCCCCGGGCGAGACUUACUCGGCCAUUGAGGCCCCCAAGGGUGAGAUGGGUGUUUACCUGGUUAGUGACGGCAGUGAGCGCCCUUACCGCUGCAAGAUUCGUGCCCCCGGUUUUGCGCACUUGGGUGGCUUUGACCAGGUUUCCCGCGGUCACCUGUUGGCCGAUGCUGUCGCUAUUAUCGGUACCAUGGAUCUCGUGUUCGGUGAGGUUGAUCGGUAA